AUUUAAGUUGUUACCUGGUUGUUACAAAGACAUUAUAGGUUGUUACCGUGUGUGCAGUAGUGCGGAAUGUGCGGAAUGGACUCAACAGACUUAUUCUUUCAUCACCUAAAUUUAUGAUUUCAGAAUCUAGUCACUAGUUCAUGCUUCAAGUCCUGGGAUACAUUGUUUUUCUUCGUCGCCGGUCUGAAUAUCCUACCCCUUCCGACCCCUUUACUUGUUUGUCUCGAGUCUUGGCAGCAUCAUUUCAAAAAAAUUCGUAAUUUCUGACACAUUGUGGUAACGCUUGCACGUACGUAAACGAUUCAAUCAAAGCAAGCCUGCUGUCCAUCCCUAAAUUGGAUAUGUGGUCCAGAACCACCAGCAAACUUAAGCAACGAUGCAGCAUCUGAGCAUCUCAAAAUAUGUUGAUGGUCCUAGUUCAAAAUGACUUUUGACACCAGUUGGGACACUGAUAAAUACAAGGUGCCGUAUGAGUCCGAGGAGCAUUGGCUUCUAAAGAAAGAAUUCAUGGACACUCACAAAGAAAAGUAUCCUGAACAGAAGCUCAUAUGUUUGGCGCAAUGUUUUUUCAACAUAGAAUUUUUGGGGGCUCGUUAUCCCGACAAAGUCAUGAAACUAAUCGAAAAAUUAUCGGAAGAUGUAGCAGCAGAUCACCGCGAAAAGAAGAAAAGUAAACUUCAAAGAACAUUUGUCGGAGCUAAGGAUGCUGCUGAAGCAAAAGUUAAACGAUUGAAACGACCAAACGAUUCCAAUGAAGCGGAAGCAAAGAAAAAGAAAAUGAAUGAUGAUGUUGUCGAGAUACUAUAAGAACAAGACGGGCAAUUUUGGAACUAAGCAUCUCGAACGGGAACCAGCUAAAACCAGCCACAGUUUCCAUGCAAAGGCGAUGCUUCCUCAUUUAAGUGCACUCCUAUCAAGAUAUCUGGUAAAGUUUUUCUCUAAUUCAAAUUUGUGUAAGGCACAAUGGACUCUAGACUUUGGUGUGUGACACUGCGGAUGUUCUUUUAGUGGAUUAAGCCAUCAAAAACGCAAACUUACCGUUUUAUUCAUUUCAAUGCAAAUUAAAGUUCAUGUGAUAUUGUAAAUAGAUAUAUUUUAGAAUUAAAUCUGAAAAAUAAAUGACCAUGCAUUUUUGAAAA